AUGUUCAAUUUCCUUCCCUUCAUUUCCACAACAUUGUUAUUAGCGUUGUUCCCAUUUUCACAUGGCAGCGAUAUCGGGAAAAUUACUGAGGAAGAAAAUCAACGCCUAAUUCAGGAAUGUGAUCCGGAUGUGAAGAAAAUCAACAAACGAAUGAUGAACGGGAAACGAUUCGACUCUUCACAAAUGCGGUAUACGGUCAUGCUGGAGAUACAGACGCUAAUGCCAUCUCGAUGUUCAGGCGUCAUAAUCAGUCCAAAACAUGUUUUGACUGCAGCCCACUGUUUUAUAACCUACGGGAUGUGCAGAAGUGGACCGAUAUUGGAAGAUGGAAAAUUAUCUACACCGGAAGAGAUUCCAGUAUUGGUGCACUACGGAGGAACAUGUGUAGAAGUUAGAGAAGGUGGAAAAUGCCCUAAAUUUGCGUUAGCGAAAAAAGUUAAAGUGUUACAUAUUGGUGUACCAACUCGUUAUUUCGAAUCUAGGUGCCGUUCUGGAGAUAUUGCCAUUGUUGAGGUUGCUGAAAUAUUUGAGGGAAAAGGUUCCCACUAUGAACAUGCUUGUUUACCGUCGAAUGUGACGAAACUUGCGAAAAAGUUGUCAUCUGCUGGAUAUGGAUAUGACCCGCAUCACAUAUCAGUUAAAGAGAAAUACGUGGAGAGGGUUUGGUUCACGAAGGAACGUUUCUGCGAUCCGACUGUUCGUGCCGGGAAAGACGCUUUUUGUGUGUUGGAGAAGUUUCAAUUUGCAUGUAGGGGUGACAGCGGAAGUGGAGUGAUGCAGCCGGCAAAUUCCGAAAAAGAUUACGUAAUGGGUGUUUUAUCGAGAGGACUUAAUUGUGAUGACGUAGAUAUUUCACUGAGAAGAGAUCCAAAUCCAACCCGAGAAUUUCGAGGAUCAGUGAUGACAAAUGUACGGAAAUACCUGAAUUUUAUUUGUCUUCAUGCUGGUGUAUGUGAGAAGCAUUUGGAUCAGAAGAAUCUGGUAAAACAGAGGAUUUACGACGUGUAUUAA